UGUUGUGUGUUCUGCCCAUCGCUCGAGGACGCAGUGAAGUGGGGGGGGAAAGCAGAGUUCGACGCCGGACAAAAGAACUUCUAGAGCCCCUUAUAUCCAUAUUUCCAUGCGUGGUGCAUGAGGGCGCGCGCAUGGAGUAGUCAUGGAAGCCCCUUUGAGCAAGAGGAACCCCACGUUAAGAUUAGCGGAUUUGGCAGCCACUCAAAUCCUUCCUCACCAGAACAUGACAGGCUUCCCGGGGCUAGGGGGGCAUCACCCUCUCUCCCACCAUGCCCACCUCCACCCUGGGGAGCUGGCCAACGACCCCGGCGUGGCACUCACUCCAUUCGGACCGGAGCACAUGGCACAGACCAGUGCUCUCAAACUCAGCCCCUCGCAGCACAUCCAGAGCCACCACGAAGCCCAGACCGCGGCUGCGGCGGCGGCGGCGGCUGCGGCGGCGGCGACCGCAGCCUCCUUCGCUCCGGCUCAGAGCAGCGUGGGCUUCCCCGUGGCCCACCAUCCCCACCCGGGUUACUCGAGCAGCAGGGACUUGAUCCUCAGGAGAGAACUCUCAGCCUCCGCCAUGCACGCUCUCGGCGACCAGUCCGCCGCCUCCCCCCAUCACCACCACCACCACGGCGUGUUCAUCUCCCCAACAGGUGCGUACGGCCACGCGGACAGCGGAACCCACUCUCUCUUCUCGGGGCUACACGAGCAAGCGUCCCCGGGCUCGCACCCGCAUCACCACGCACUCAACGGGCAGAUGCGCCUGGGUCUACCCGGGGACCUCUACGGUAGGUCGGAUCACUUUGGGGCCCGGCCGGAUCACUACGGAGCCUCGACGCUGCACGGCUACAACAACGUCAACGCCGCUCACGGCCCCGCGGGGGCCUUCCUGCGCUACAUGCGGCAGCCCAUCAAGCAGGAGCUCAUCUGCAAGUGGGUCGAGCCGGAGCUGCAGAGUCCCAAGAAGCCCUGCUCCAAGACCUACAGCACCAUGCACGAGCUGGUCAACCACGUCACGGUGGAGCACGUCGGCGGGCCCGAGCAGAGCUCCCACGUCUGCUUCUGGGAGGAAUGCCCGCGGGAGGGGAAGGCAUUCAAAGCCAAGUACAAACUUAUCAACCACAUCCGAGUGCACACCGGAGAGAAGCCCUUCCCGUGUCCCUUCCCGGGCUGCGGGAAAGUGUUCGCCCGCUCGGAAAACUUGAAGAUCCACAAGAGGACACACACAGGUGAGAAGCCCUUCAAGUGCGAGUUUGAAGGCUGCGACCGGAAGUUCGCCAACAGCAGCGACCGGAAGAAGCACUCGCACGUGCACACGUCCGACAAGCCCUACUAUUGCAAAGUGCGCGGGUGCGACAAGUCAUACACGCACCCGAGCUCCCUGCGCAAACACAUGAAAGUGCACUGCAAGAGCCCCCCACCGCCCCCCAACAACACGACCACGUACAUCCCCUCCUCCGCCACCAGCAACCCGCUCGGAGAGCCCCUCUCCCCGCAGCGGAACCGCUCCGCCAGCCUCUCCCCGCAGGUGACCAACCUGAACGAGUGGUACGUAUGUCAAGGCAGCGGAGGGGGGGCGCACCACCAACACCAGCAGCACGAUCUACACUCCCCCUCCAGUGACGUGCCCACCUCGGAGUCAGAAGAUGAGGACUCGUUUAGAAACGCCGACCCCAGGACGAUGCUAUGAUGGACAACCUUCACUUCCAAAAAUGAAAGCACUCAAUCAAAGUGGAUGCAGUUCAACAACCAGCUCCGUUCAAAGUAACAUUUUUUUUGUAGGGUGAUGCAAAUUAUAGCAAUAUUCAGAUUCCACCAACAAGUGUCCCGCCACGUAGUGCAGGGCUGGGCCAAAAAUUUACUGUCAGUGCCCUUUUUUCAAUGAAAUCCCCAAGGGCCAUACAAAAAUCAUGGAAUAAUAGGAUCAAACAAAUGUUCAUUAUUGUCUUGACGAAAACAGCCCAUUGGGCGCAGGUUUCUCACACGUGGAAAACGGACUACUUUUUCAAUGUUAAGAGCUAUCACCUGCUUUAAAAAAA